CUCGCUCGCUCGCUCCCCACCAGCUCCGGCUCGCUCACUGCCCACUCCCGGGGGGACGUUCCGUGCCGCGGCCGCCGCUUCUUUCACACUUUAGUUGGGAGCCGCGCGCCGCGCUCAGUUACUGGAGAGCUGGCCGCGCGCCGCCGCCUCCCGCACGCACGCACGCGGGCCGGGCUUCGGGGGUUUCGGCUCUUACUCCUGGCGUCUGGGAGGAGGGGGAGACCCGGACUCACUGUGGGGAGGAGGAGGAAGAGGAGGAGAAGGGAGGAAGAAAACAAGCGAGGAGGAUCCGGGCGGGGGGCGGGAGGCUUACCACCUUCAGCCCCCCCGCGAGCGCCCAAGCCCUGGCAGCAUCCACCUAUAAUCUGUGAUCUCGGGAACCUUUCGGUACAGGUGCGCACAUUUUGACCGACUCAGCAAGAAGGUGGAUUUUCCUUGUGUCUAAAGAGAAAAAAAUGUCCCCGUGUCUGUAGAGAUGCUUUGCAGUUCAGCCCGGCUGAAGCUGACCGAAUGAGACUAUGGGCUGUGCCUCUGCGAAGCAUGUUGCCACUGUUCAAAAUGAAGAGGAAGCCCAGAAAGGGAAGAACUACCAGAAUGGAGACGUGUUUGGUGAUGAGUAUAGGAUCAAACCGGUGGAAGAGGUCAAAUACAUGAAAAAUGGGGCAGAAGAGGAGCAAAAAGUAGCAGCCAGGAACCAAGAAAACUUGGAAAAAAGUGCCAGUUCAAAUGUAAGACUUAAAACUAAUAAAGAGAUUCCGGGAUUAGUUCAUCAACCUAGAGCAAACAUGCACAUCUCUGAAAGCCAACAAGAAUUCUUCAGAAUGCUGGAUGAAAAAAUUGAAAAGGGUCGAGAUUACUGUUCGGAAGAAGAAGAUAUCACAUAGCACCAAUUCUACCACUCAAACCGGGAGCUACUACUGUGUAAAUAGGUUACACCCCACGUUGAAAUCUUUGCAAAGGUCGGUUCUCUUCAGCGGACAGCACUAUAGCAAAAGAAGAUCGUUCCAUAUCGUAUGCCCCAUUAAAUUACAAUGUUUCUUAAUGAACUUGCAAAGGAAUAUUGCUAAAAACAAACAAAAAAAAAACUGUUAUCGAACUUUCUUUGUUGCUGCUAGUUAAAACUUGUUGCAACUUUUCACUUCUCUCAGUGUCCAGGUCUGCAGCAAAAUUCUGCAAUUUCACCUUAAAGAUACUGUUGGUUUUACAGAUGCUCUCCAACCUAUUUUCUAUAAGAUGAGGUAGUGGUGAACUCAGAUAUCCAACUUCUGCUCUAGACCGGUUCCGCUUCUAAGACAAGCGCCUCCUUCCCUCUCUCCUCCCUCCCUGCCUUCCCCCCCAAGCAGUCCAAAGCCUUGCUUCUCACUGGCAGUGUUGCGCUUUGGAGAUGGGGCGGUUGCUAUGGCAAAAGCCUUGUUUCUCUGCGAAGAAGAAGUAGAGGCGCUGUUAUCGAUUAAAAGCAUGUUGUGACAUGACUCCGGGAAGUGACGUAGGAGCAAACGGCAGGUGGUUUCAUUUCCUGGGUCUCUUAAUCAAAGAUCAAGCUUGCAGCGUCAGUUUUGCUCAGAUGCAGACGGAAGUGUGAUCACAAUCAUUUUGAAUCCCUCUUGCCUACUUUUUUUUCUAAGAAAAUAAACAUUUUACUGUU